AUGAGUUUGGGAUUUAAUACAAGUAGUCCGUAUGUGAAAAACAGCUUCCAAACUCAAGCGUUUGAGGUAUACAACCAAAUGUCAUGGUUACAAUUAAUUGCAACUGUCAUUUUCUUGGUCUUAUCUUAUGAUCAAAUUAUGUACCAAAUUCGUAAAGGUUCUAUUGCAGGUCCAAGAUUCAAGAUUUGGCCAAUAAUUGGACCUUUCUUAGAAUCAUUAGAUCCUAAGUUCGAAGAAUAUAAGUCCAAAUGGGACUCUGGUCCAUUAUCAUGUGUUUCAAUUUUCCACAAGUUUGUUGUCAUCGCUUCAUCGAGGGAUUUAGCACGUAAAAUUUUGGCUUCUCCAAAGUAUGUCAAGCCAUGUGUCGUUGAUGUUGCCAUCAAGAUUCUUAGACCAUCAAACUGGGUGUUUUUAGACGGUAAGGCUCACUCAGAUUACAGAAGAUCUCUUAACGGUUUAUUUUAUCAAAAGGCUUUGGAAAUUUACAUCCCUGUUCAAGAAAAGUAUAUGGAUAUUUACUUAGACAGAUUCACUUCUUACAACGACAAGAGAGAAUUUUUCCCAGAGUUUAGAGAAUUACUUUGUGCUUUAUCUUUAAGAACUUUCUGUGGUGAUUAUAUUACCGAAGAACAAAUCAAGUUAAUUGCUGAUAACUAUUAUAGAAUUACUGCUGCCUUAGAAUUAGUAAACUUCCCAAUCAUUAUUCCAUACACAAAAACUUGGUACGGUAAGAAAAUUGCUGAUGACACCAUGAAAAUUUUCGAAAAAUGUUCAAGUAUGGCCAAGAAACAUAUUAAUGAAGAAAAUGGUUCACCAACUUGUGUUAUGGAUGAAUGGAUCUACUUAAUGAAGGAUGCUAAGGAAAAGCAAUCCGAUGAUUCCGACUCAAAAUAUUUAAUUCGUGAAUUCUCAGACAGGGAAAUUUCAGAAGCAAUUUUCACUUUUCUCUUCGCUUCUCAAGAUGCUUCUUCCUCGUUGGCAUGUUGGUUGUUCCAAAUCGUUGCUGACCGUCCUGAUGUUGUCGCUAAGAUCAGAGAAGAGCAAUUGAGAGUUCGUGACAAUGAUCCUUCAAAACGUUUAUCAUUAGAGUUAAUUAAUGAGAUGACUUACACAAAUAAUGUUGUCAGAGAAUCUUUACGUUACCGUCCUCCAGUCAUUAUGGUUCCUUAUGUUGUCAAGCAGAGUUUCCCUGUUACUGAAACUUAUACUGCACCAAAGGGAUCUAUGAUUAUUCCAACAUUAUAUCCUGCUUUACAUGACCCAGAAGUUUACCCUGAUCCUGAUACUUUUAAGCCAGAGAGAUGGGAAAAUGCAACCACUGACAUGAACAACCGUAAUUGGUUAGUUUUCGGAACUGGACCACACGUCUGUCUCGGUAAAAAUUAUGUCAUGAUGUUGUUCACUGGUAUGCUUGGUAAGUUUGUUAUGAAUUCAGAUUUGGUUCACCACAUCACCCCAUUAUCUGAAGAAAUUAAGGUCUUCGCAACCAUUUUCCCUAAAGACGAUUUAAUUCUUGAAUGGAAAAAGAGAGAUCCAUUGAAGGCUAAUUAA